AUGGCCGAUUCAGACGAUGAGGAUAAAUAUUUAUAUGGAUCGGAUGAAGAAGAGGAAAAUGAUCAACCAGUAACUAAAAAACAAAAAUUAGAAUCAACUAGCACAAGAACUGAAGAGAGUAAUAAAGAUAAAGUAGACACUGAAUACGAACAAUCAAAUAAUGAAAAAAGCAAUGAAGGGAAUGACGAUGACGAAGAAGAUGAAGAUGAAGAAGAAGAUAGUGAAGAAGAAGAUGAAGACGACAUUGAUAUUAUAAUAGGUGAUACAACAACAACAACUACAAAACCAUCCGUUCCAGGUAAUGAUAUACUAUCCGAAAUAGCACAACCCUCAUCAACGACAGGAACUCCACAACCAACAACAUCCACCGUUACAUCCACAUCAAAAAUAGAUAUAAAUUAUAAUCCAGAAUUAGAAGGAAAACCAUUAACUCAAUUAGAUUUAGAAAUUUUUAAAUUAAAACCAUGGAGAAAACCAGGUACUGAUAUAUCAGAUUAUUUUAAUUUUGGAUUUGAUGAAUUAACUUGGAAUGCUUAUUGUCAUAAACAAGAUAAAUUAAGAGGUGAAUUUAAUCCACAAAAAAUUUUAGCAAAUAUAAUGAAAGGUCCUGGAACUAUAGAACAAGAAAAUAAAAACUUAAAUAUCAAUAAUACUACUACUAAUACUAAUAAUCAAAUACCACCGCCACCAAUGAAUAUGUUCCCACCAAAUAUGCAACUACCACCAGGGAUGCAAUUACCUCCUGGAAUGCAAAUGCCUCCAAUGAAUAUGAAUAUGUUUCCUCCUGGUAUGCAAUUACCUCCUGGAAUGCAGUUACCACCUGGAAUGCAAAUGCCACCAGGUAUGCCUGGAUUUUCCCCACCUCCACCACCGAAAUAA